AUCGGCCAGGCGCGGUGGCUCAAGCCUGUAAUUCCAGCACUUUGGGAGGCCGAGGCGGGCGGAUUACCCGAGGUCAGGAGCUCAAGGCCAGCUUUGCCAACAUGGUGAAACCUUGUUUCUAUUAAAUAUACAAAAAUUAGCGAGGCAUGGUGGCAGGCACCUGUACAGGGAGGCUGAAGUAGGAGAAUCGCUUGAACCCUUGAAGUAGGCAGAGGUUGCAGUGAGCCUAGAUCACACCACUGCACUCCAGCCUGGGCAGCAGAGCAAGCCUCCAUCUCAAAAAAAAAAAAGAGUGAGAGAAUCCAGCUUCAAGUUGCACCUCUACUUGUGCUCUUGCACAAGCCUCUACCUGGCUUUGGGCCUUGGUACCCAUCUUGGCUGAUUAAGAUGCCCUACAAGUUCUCUUUUAGUUUUGACGGUGUUACCUCUAUUCACCUAGGGCUGGGAUUCUAAACCGAUUUUAGAUAUUAGGGGCCUCUUUGAGAAUUGUUUGCCCUUUUCUUACUAAUAUGUUUGGCCAGGCAUGGUGGCACACACCUGUAAUCCCAGCACUUUGGGAGGCCGAGGCAGGAGAAUGCUUGAACCUUGAGGUGGAGGUUGCAAUGAGUCGGGAUCUCACCAGUGAUCACUUGAGACCAGGAGUUCGAGAUCAGCCUGGCCAACGUGGUGAAACCCCCUCUCUACUAAAAAUACAAACAUUAGCUGGGCAUGGUGAUGUGCACCUGUAAUCCCAGCUACUGGGGAGGCUGAGGCAGGAGAAUCACUUGAACCUGGAGGUGGAGGUUGCAGUGAGCCAGGAUCUCACUAGUGCACUCCAGCCUGGGCAACAGAGUGAGACUCUGUCUCAAAAAAGAAAGAAACAUGAUCAAGGCUGGGCAACAAAGUGAGACCCCCAUCUCUACACAAAAUUAAAUGAUUAUCUGGGCAUGGUGGCACAUGCCUGUAGUCCCAGCUAUUUGGGAGGCUAAGGCAGGAGAAUCGCUUGAGCCCAAGAAUUGAAAACUGCAGUGAGCUAUGACCACUGCACUUCAGCCUGGGUAACAGAGCAAGACCCUCUCUCUUUUUUUUUUUUUCUGGUCUGAGAUGGAGUCUUGCUCUGUCACCCAGGCUGGAGUACAGUAGUUGUGCAAUCUCAGCUCACUGCAACCUCCGCUUCCUGAGUUCAAGCAAUUCUCCUGACUCAGCCUCCCAAGUAGCUGAGAUUACAGGCAUGUAUCACCAAGCCUGGCUAAUUUUUACAUUCUUAGUAGAGACGGGAUUUCACCAUGUUGACCAGACUGGUCUUGAACUCUUGACCUCGUGACCCGCCUACCUCACUCAGCCUCUCAAAGUGCUGGGAUUACAGUCAUGAGCCACCACAUCCAGGCCAACCCUCCCUCUAAAUAAAAAAAAAAAAAAAAAAACGCUCAUAGACUUGGGCAUAUUGACUUAGAGGCAUCACAAAACCCAGACAGAGCUUCUUAAUGCUGAGGUAUGGUUCACUGUAGCCCUGGUAAGAAUUUUAGUUAUACCUCUGAUCAUAUUUUGUGAAUUCAAUGAACCCGAACCCUCUCUGUGCCAGGCCUGUGCUGGAGGCUGCAGUUACACAGGCAAAUCAGACAGUACCCCUGUCCCCAGAAGCUGCUAAGUGACCGGGAAGGGAUUGUGCUAAGUGCUAUGGUAUACACAGGAGUGCAGCACUGUGAUAGCUCUUGGGAAGAUGUGCUUCUCUCAGCCCCAUGAAGCAGGCUGGGCCCAGAGAGCAGUAAGGACUUGCCCACAUUUAAUGGCAAAGUGGGGACCAAGACCUAGAUCUUCUGUGUCUUGGCCUCAGACCCACCUUCCAGUUCAGUUUGCCUUUCACAGCCUUCUUCCCACAGUGCCGUCCCUGCAGACUCUGUGCCGCCUAGUGAUACAGCGGAGCCUGGUGCACCGGCUGGCCAUUGAUGGGCUCCACCUGCCCAAAGAACUUAAGGAUUUCUGCAAAUAUGAGUGAAGACCUGCAGUGCACCUGGAGCAGGAGUGCAUCCCGGGGCCCCAGACCUGUGGCUAGCUGGUCUGAAGUUGGUCACACCGCUGCUGGGCAGGACCAGAAAUAAACAGUUGAUGCUGACAUCUUGAUCACUGGAAGGUCUCCUUGCCCCUACAGCCAAUGAGAGGCACUUCUUUUAGAAUCACUGCAGGUCCGAGCAAGAGAGCAUUUUAGAUACCAUCUAGACCAGUGGUCCCUAGGAUGGCUGAUUGUCAGAGUCAUCUUGGGAUAUGUAAAGAGUGCUGGUGUCCCACACCCCAUCUCUAGGGAUUCGUAUUUUAUUUGUUGGGAAAUUAGGCUGAGACAUUGUUUUUUGUAAAAGCUUCUCAAGAUCUCCUCAUGUAUAGCCAGGGCUAAGAAGCAUGUUCCUGGAGUAGCGGUUCCAAAUUUGUCAUGUAUUAAAAUCACUUGAGGAACUUUGAAAAAUACCAAUACCUGGCCUGUAAUCCCAGCACUUUGGGAGGCCUAGGUGGGUGGAUCACUUGAGGUCAGUAGUUUGAGACCAGCCUGGCCAACAUGGUGAAACCCUGUCUCUACUGAAAAUACAAAAGUUAGCCAGGCAUGGUGGCGGGUGCCUGUAGUCGAAGCCUCUCAGGAGGCUGAGACAGGAGAAUCACAUGAACCCAGGAGGUGGAGGUUGCAGUGAACUGAGGUCUUGCCACUACCCUCCAGCCUUCCAGCCUAGGCAACAGAGUGAGACUCCAUCUCAAAAAAAGAAAAAGAAAAAUACCAAUACCUUGGUCUGACCCCAGGUCUCACGCUACAAGCCUCUUGUAUUUCCAUCUCUGGUCAUUUGCUUCCAUACAAAUGAUCUCAUUUCAUCCUCAAAACUCCUAAUGAGGUAGUGGCAGUCAUCAGACCCACUUUACAGAUGAGCAUAUCAAGGAACAAAACUAUCUAGGUUACUUGUCCAAGGGUAAGGGCAAGAACCUAGAACAUCCAUCUCCUGGUCUGGUGCUCUUUUAACCUCAUCCUAUUGUCAUACUCAGGUUCUAGAAUGAAGAGGUCAGUGCUGUAAGGUGGGUCUGAGUGUAACAGGGAGGGUCUAUGAGGUGACAUUCUAGAAGGGUGAAGAAGGGAGGACAGGAGGCAGAUCACUAUUCCCUCACAAACAGGGGCUUUGGGGCAGCCAUGUCCUACUUCAGGACUCCACAAACUCAUCCAAGUCCUCUGUCUUCUGGCCAAGGUGGGGCUGCUUCUCCAGGCUUGUCCCUUGGUCUCUGUAGUCCUGUAGAGCCAGCGGUGAUGGCCUCUGGUGGAAUAGGCCCAGUGGGCCAGAAAACUAAGCAGGCGACACCUACUGCCCAGGCCUGGGGCCCAGCCUUGGCAAUGCCACAAGCCAGGGGCUGCCCUUGGGGGACUAGCUGGGAGACACUACGGAGGAAGGAAUACAGCCAAUACUGCCACAAAUUCCCACACAUGAGACAACUGGAGAGCUUGGGCUGGGAGAAUGGCUACUCCAGAAGCAGAGCCCCUGAAGUUCUGCCAGUACCCCCUGAGGCAAUGGGGAAGGAGGCCAGCUCCCAGCCUGACAUCUGCAUCCUCACCCUCGCUAUGAUGAUCGCUGGCAUCCCCACUGUGCCUGUCCCAGGCGUACGGGAAGAGGACCUGAUCUGGGCCGCUCAAGCUUUCAUGAUGGCCCAUCCAGAGCCAGAGGGUGCUGGGGAGGGGGCGUGGUGGGAGCAGGCACAUGCCUGCUCUGGCACAGCCUCUGGGAAGGUACCCAUAUUGAGACCCAAGAGGGGCCAGCCUCCUGGCUCCUGCUUGUAGCUGGAUGAAAUAGCACCAGAUACGUA